AUGUCUCCUUGGCUCAAGAUUCUAACAACUAGGGAUCAACACAUCUAUGUAUUUGAAUUGGCAUUUCCAUUGGUUCUCAACAAGAACAACUUGAUGAAGCAUACACAUUGGUUGCCAAACAGUUCUGUUCACUACCUGGAGAUAACAGUUGUCGCAGGGACUCAUGAAGAAGAUGAUUUCUCAACACAAUACAAACCAAAGAUAGGCAACCCAAUACUCAAACACGACUCUAUGGAAAAGGAGGCAUACUUUGUGACUUAUCUGAACGCUUUAUCAUGA